AUGCAUCCUCUUCUCUUUGCUCUCCUUACCCCUUUAGCCCUCUCCGACACACCACCGGGCGAAAAUGCCAUCCUUCUCUCCAACGUCCACGCCAUCAACCUGCGCGGAGACCGCCAAACCACCUCCCGCCGCGUCCCUGCCAUCCCCCAGCUCCACUGCGCCGGCCCAUCCAAAAUAUGUAAUCUUUACCACGUCGAGCAGAUGCACUGCACGAAUCUGGGCAAUGACGCAGGAGACGACAAGGAGGAUGUCCAAUGGGCCUGCAACGCAGCCUUGCCGCCGGAGUUCAAGUUGGGCGCUACGGAUGUCGUGUGUGAGGGCUACCGGGAUGCCGAUGAUGAGUGGGUGCUGAAGGGCAGCUGUGGCGUGGAGUAUCGGUUGCUACUUACGGAGAGGGGGCAGGAGAGGUAUCGCGAGAAGAUUGAACGCUUACGUCGAGAUUCUUCUUGGAGUGAGCUGGUGGGGUUCCUUGUUGUUGCGCUCACCAUUGGCGCGCUGUUUUACAUUGGGUGGUUGUUUAUUAAGGCUUGCCUUUGGGGAGAUGGAGGACAAGGAGGAGCAGGAGGUGGUGGUGGUGGUAGAGGAGAUGAUGAUGAUGAUGAUGAUGAUGACCCACCACCACCGUACACGCCAUAUCCCAAUGGCAGCAGUGGGCAACAAAAUCAUCCCAGCGUGGAUCUCCACCUGGCCAGGAACAGACAUCGCAACACUGGCGGACAUGGUCCUGGACAAGGCAGUUCUUCGGCGCCGCUCUCGGCCACGUCAAGCAGUACAGGCUUUGGUUCGACUAGACGUCGAUGA